AUGUUAUAUAAGUCAGAGAUACCAGAUACCCAAGAUGUGACUAGCUACUUAAAUAAAUAUAAAGCUUUGUUCCUGAAAGAUGUAAUAACAAAUUCACAAAUUGAUACUUUUGAAGAGAUAAAUGGGCUAAACCAAAAGCAAGUGAUCAGGAUUGGUAUUAUAUAUGAAGAUGAGAUAGUAGCAAGGGAAUCUAAAAUCAUUGAUAGUAUACUUUCUGAUCCAUUAUCUUCAGGUAAUGAAUCUUGGUUUACCAAGAUUGUCGAAAGGUCUCGUGAACAUAAUAACAAAUUUAAAUUUGGAUCGGAAGGUGAGCCAGUUACGCACAGUCAAGAUAUACAAGAAGAGUUCAAAGUUCCAUCACCGAUUUUGAAUUCUAUGUUUAGACCAACGUACAUGAAAGCAUCAAAUGAGGACGUAUCAAACGAUAUAGAAUUAUGGGAAAUUAACGAUAAAACAAAAUUGGUAGACAAUCCUAAACUUUGUCAUUUCUAUAUCAAUGUUACCAGUAACUUUACAAAUACAAUUCAAGGAUACUCAAAGUCGUUACAGAACCACAUAUUGUUGACAGUCGUUGAUAAUACGGAAUAUUCGCCUAGCUCAACAGAGGCCACACCUAUCUCAGUAAAUAUAACAGCUGAAAACAGCCAGCAUAUAAUAAAGAUAAAUUCAAAUUUGAGUUUCAAUGGAAUUAAGGAAUUUCUCGAGUAUGAUACCAAAGUUUCCACGCAAUACUUCCAGUCUUUGAUUCACAGUAACAUAUAUGAAUUAUUAAAAUGCAUAGGAAAAUUCCUGCAAACAGAAGUAUUAUGUAUGUGGUUACUAAACAGUAUCAGUACUAAUAUCUCAAAGUAUAGUAUUACACCAGAUUCUAUUACUGAAGUGUAUUCAUCAAUUAAAUCAAAUGUGAUCCCACAAUUCAGUGAUUCCGUUCAUUCAGAAUUGCAAAAUAAACUUAUACCUAGAACGAAUGCAUUUUUCAAAAAGAAGUUAAGAUGGUGGAAAUUAUAUUUGAAAAAUGACAAUGUUGAAUAUGACCUCAAGGACUUUUUCAAUGAAAAUUUCAUGACUUCAAGUAUAGAGGGUUACAAUUACAUCCGAGGAAAACUUGUAUCCCAAAUGCAACAACAUGAGUAUGCCAAAUACCCAAACAAUACUGAAAUUACAAACCCGUUAUUGAAAAUGAAGAAUGAUCUUGUGAAUGAAAGAUUAAUGACUGAAAUUCAACCAGUUGUUUAUUCCAGCAUAAGUCUUGCAUUUGUAUACUACCAAUUACCCCUUUCAAUUUUGUCAUUUCUAGCAUACCAGUACUUUGAAUUUACAUCUAGCAGUGCUAUCGCUAUUGCAAUGUUAGGAUGGGUUGUUGGGUUCAACCAAGUAUCAAAACAAUGGGAAAAAUUUACUUAUACGUGGUUACAAGGAUUAUACGAGGACUUGAGAGUAUGCAUUAGUAAAGACUGUGUCGAGGACGGUCUUCUUAAAGAAUUAAACUCCCGCUACUAUGAUGAGCGUAAUAUACUCGAUAUCAAAUACGAAAUUCUACAAGGCAUUAAAAAUUCUAGACGUAUAGAUGUAUAA